AUACCCGGUGAGGCACAGAGCACUUGAGCUAUUUCAGCCACAUGAAAAGCAUCGGAAUUGAGAUCACAGCUCAGAGGACACCGGGCAUCCCUUCCACCCUCCAAGAAGGCUUGUAUUCUUGCACCUGGCUGCUUGGGGCUUUCCUUAGGCAGUAAACAAAUAAAUAAAGCAGGGAUAAGACUGCGUAAAGAUGUCGAAACAGCCAGUUUCCAAUGUCAGAGCCAUCCAGGCAAAUAUCAAUAUCCCAAUGGGAGCUUUUCGGCCAGGAGCUGGGCAACCCCCCCGAAAAAAAGAAUUUACUCCUGAAACGGAGGAGGGUGCUCCUCCCACCUCGGAAGAGGAGAAGAAGCCAAUUCCAGGAGCAAAGAAACUUCCAGGACCUGCCGUCAACCUAUCGGAGAUCCAGAAUAUUAAAAGUGAACUGAAAUACGUCCCCAAGGCUGAACAGUAGUUGAAAGAAAAAAGGUUUGAUGUGAAGAAUUGAAGAGAAAGAAUGGAUUCAAAUGAAUAUGGCUCACUAAAAAAUUUUAUAUAUUUGUAUGAAGAUUAUGAAUCUCCUGAAUGCCUCAGACUCUAAAAGAAAUGUUCUAUUUGUAUAUUUAUAUCUUUUCCUUCUAGUUGGCUGCAUUUCUUAAUUUGUCUUCAUUUUUGGCACCUUGCAGAGCAAACCAGCCCAUGAAUUCACCACUUGGAGGGUGUAGUUUUGAGGAAGGAUAUGAUUUUUUGGAGAGGGGUAAGAAAAUGUGCAUAACAAUGAUUUUGAUUAGAACUUCUGUAAGCUACUUCCCACAAUAUUUUGGUCAAUAUUUGGAAUGUAUUUUAGUUCUUCACCUUUUAAAUUAUGUCAAUACACUUUUUACGAGUUCAAAUAAAUACUUGAGUAAACGAAAAUGUGAAUCCAGACUAAAUUAAUUUUCAUAUCCUCAGAUAGUUGCAUAUUCCCAAACAAGAAGAGAAAUGAGAUGUAAGAGACAGCCAAAUGCCACAUUGCCUAAGUGGGGGC